UGAAUCUCUGUUUUCCUGUGUGUCAUCGUCUAGUGUGAUGGUAUGACACAGCAACCACAGCAUUGAGAAGUCUCAUUCUGUCAACAGUGUCUGCAUUGGUUUUCUCAAGUAUUAUUUAAUAAAAUGGCAAGUUUUUUUGGCGAGGUAGUGUUCCCGGUAUCACGCGCGUUUUGGGACGAUGAAGACGAAAAUGGAACAAGUGAAUCUUCUGUGAAAGAACCCAAAUUUUUUGUGCGAUGGUUGAAAGAUAAACCAUCUGACAUCGAUACAUUAAUUGUCAUCGAAGGCGAAAUGUUAAUCGAUUUUUCGAAAGAAUGUUUAUGUCAGAACUCAGAGGAAGCAUGUUUCGUGGAGGACGAUAAGCAGAAAAAACUGUGCACGAUUUAUCAAGUAAACGAGGAGGUAUACGUGUGCAUUGUAUCUUCACAAUUCGAUGUAAAAUUCUCAGGAAUGCUUGUGGAGAAGAUGAGUGAUGUCAUAUCAAGCGUGAAAAAUACAAUAUGCGUAACGUGUCGGCACAUGUCUCAAUUUAAAAGUAAAAACGUACCAGAAGUACCGUCGUUCUUAAGGAUGCUAUUUACAAAAAAUGGGCAGAACGUUUGCAAAGUGAAAGAACCACUUUUGGAGCGGCCAAACAUCAUAUACGGAGUUACCGCUGGAGUAUUGUCAUACGCCGAGUUUAUGGAAUUACCUGCAGUUUUGUACGUCUUAUAUACAGAUUGUUUCGCGCUCGACUCAUUGUCUGCAGAACCACUGUUAAAGCUGUUCGCAGCGGUAAAUUGUAAAUUACACGAUGUCACGUUUGCUGGGAAAGACUUUUUUAAUAAAGGCAACCUUUAUAUGUAAAACGGUCUAUUCGUUUCUAUUUGAAGUCGUAAAUUGAAACACACAUCAUGUGAUACAUAUAAAAGCUUCACCCUCUAGGUUGUGGCGGG